AUGGUGCGAAGCGCUUUGUAUCGAUGCGUGGAGUUGGCGUGUCUGCUAGCGGUGGCUAGUGCCGCUUCUCCGCACUGUCAGGGAGUGGUGAUGUACAAGAGCAUCAAGCAAGCACAGGAGGAGUGUGUAACGUAUCUGCGCAUUCCGCGUGCCCGGUUGGCGGUGUACAACGAGCACAUAUACCCUCAGGAUAUCGAGACGAAGUGUAUGGUGCGGUGUAUGGGGCUCAAUCUCGGCUGGUGGAACGACACCGUGGGCGUGAAGGAGUCAGCCCUCCGUGCGUACUUUCACCCGGAUCCGGACGAUUGCCAGCACGAGCGACGCACCUAUCACUGCCUGAAGUCGCAACGGCUCGACAGCUACGCGCCGCAAGGACUCGACCCGUGCGAGCGCGCCUACGAGUCGUUCCGCUGCUACUACGAGCAGUACGGCAACAUCGUGGUCACGCCGCAGUUCGUCCCGUUCAGCCCAUUGCGCAUGGCCGCCGUUAUGGAGGACUGUGCUGCCAUCAUGCAUCUACCCAAGACCGUUGGCGGAUGCUCCAGGAAGGAUGCUGCCGGUUCACUGCACGCCACCCGUGAUGUUGGCUGCUUCCUGCGCUGCGUGUUCCUGCGCAGUGGACUAUAUAGCGAGCAGUAUGGACCCAACCUAGACCGGAUUUACGUGCAGGGUCACGGUUACUACAACGCGACCCGGUUCCGCGACAACACCAUGGCCUGCUACAACCAUCUCAAGUCUACAUGUUUGGACGAGUGCGAUCUGAUCUAUCGGUUUGUCAAUGAGUGCUUCCCUGAAGGAGGGGUGAAUUUAUCCCUUUUAUUAGGGGUAACUAUUGCACGCUCCUUGUUAGGAGCAUUAGGUGCACUAGGAAGUCUUUUAGGAACUGUAGGAUCUGUUUUAGGAACUGCAGGAGGUGUUGCAUCAACUGUAGGAAGUAUUGCAGGAGCUGUAGGAAGUAUUGCAGGAGGAGCUGUAGGAGGUGUUGGAGGUACUGCAGGAGGUGCUGUAGGAGGUGUAGGAGGUACUGUAGGAGGUGUUGCAGGUACUGCCGGAGGCGUUCUAGGAGGUGUAGCAGGUACUGCUGGAGGCGUUCUAGGAACUGUUACAGGACUUGGGUCUCUAGUAUGA